UAAAUAAGUAAUUAAAUUACCUAAACCACAUAUUUUUUUGAGCUCGAAAAUCGAUCAAUAAUUAUAUAUGGGUUUUGGAAUGUGGUUUUCCAUUGCACUUGGGGCUUUCUACUUCUCUAUUGCUAUCUCUUUUGCAGAAAAAGCUCCAUAUUCCUUCGCAAAAGAAGCAACGACGGCGCCGGCGACCGACUUCUACGACUACAUAGUCGUCGGCGGCGGAGCCGCCGGCUGCGCACUCGCCGCCACCCUCUCCGCCGCCGCAAAAGUCGUACUAUUAGAAAGGGGCGGGCAGCCGUACAACAACCCACAGGUGACCAACAUAAACGCCUUCAUACCGACGCUGCUGGACUUCUCGCCGGCGGCGGCGGCGCAGCCCUUUGUCUCCACCGACGGCGUCCUGAACCACCGCGCCCGCAUCUUAGGCGGCGGCACCGCCAUCAACGCUGGGUUCUACACGCGCGCCGAACCGGAGUUUAUCGAGCAGGCCGGUCUGGACCGGCGCCGGUCGGAUGAGUCAUACCGUUGGGUCGAAGAGAAAGUGGCGUUCCGGCCGCGGGUUCGGCAGUGGCAGGCGGCGGUCCGCGGCGGACUGCUGGAGGCCGGGGUGGCGCCGGACAGGGGAUUUACGUACGACCACCUGGUCGGCACGAAAAUCGGCGGCGUAAUAUUCGACGAAAACGGAAACCGACACAGCGCGGCGGAGCUUCUAGAAUACGCAGAUCCGACGAGAAUUAGGGUUUACCUUCAUUCAACUGUCCAAAAAAUUUUGAUCAACGUAUCCACUGCAGGGCAAACAAGAAAAGCAUAUGGGGUUGAGUUCAAAGACGACAAAGGCACCAUACACAUGGCUUACUUACGCGGUGGGUCGGGAAAUGAGAUCAUACUAUCAGCCGGGGCAUUAGGCAGCCCACAAUUGUUAAUGUUGAGCGGUAUUGGACCGGCGCAACAACUCAAAGGCCACGGAAUACCCGUGAUAUUGGAUCAACCAUUUGUCGGACAAAAUUUGGCCGACAAUCCUUUGAAUACAGUCGUAAUUCCAUCAUCUAGGCCGGUUGAAACCUCGCUAGCUCAAGCAAUCGGCAUAACUGAAGUCGGAAGCUACAUCGAAUCAGCCAGUGGACUUAUUGAAUCAUCGUCCUUUACAAUAGCCCAAAUAUUCUCGAGAUCAGUUAAUCAGACAAUACCUCCCCCGUUCACACUUCCAGAAAAUCUGAUAAUCCCGGGAUUAAAUAUCUCCUCCAAUAUUCCGGCUGGAGUAAUCGGAGAAAAGACAAAAGGGCCUUUUUCAAAAGGGUAUAUGGAGCUCAAGAGUCUCGAUCCAAAUGAGAAUCCGAGGGUGACGUUCAAUUAUUUCAAAGAUCGUAGAGAUCUUGAGAGGUGUGUUAAGGGUAUGGAAAUCAUCGGAAAAAUUGUGGAAUCGAGGGCAAUGUCAUCGUUCCGGCACCCCUUCGCAACAUUCAAAGCCUUAAGAGCAUUAACAUUGACUAUCCCGAACAAUCUUAGGAGGAAACACCCGAUUGCCGUAUAUUCAUUGGAGCAAUAUUGUAUCGACAAUGUGAUGACCAUUUGGCAUUACCACGGAGGGUGCCGGGCGGGCGAAGUUGUCGAUCGUGACUUUCGAGUUAUUGGCGUGGAUGCUCUGCGUGUCAUCGAUGGAUCGACUUUUAGUAGCUCUCCCGGAACUAACCCUCAAGCAACCGUCAUGAUGCUUGGAAGGUAUAUGGGACAAAAUAUUCUACAAAAUAUUGGUAAUUGAUGUAUGAAUUAAUACAAAUAUAUGUAUUUGGUUUGUGUUAUUUGUAUUUGUAUUUAUAUAUUUUGCAGGUAUCUGUGAUAUUUUGUAAAAAAUAAUAAUACAUAA